GAUCAACAAGGGCGUGAGUGAUUCUUAUGUAGAGGUUCGAUGUGACCGCCCCUUCAGUCAAACAAGCAAAGAAUUAAAGGGGACAUUACAAAGGAGGGGUUGCACAAACACCUACGCGCUGGCCUUCUCAAUGUUUCACGGCGCCAAAUCAGCACCAAUUCGACGCGGCGGAAGCACGACGGCGAAGGCCGCAGAGCCGUUUGAUCCCGCUGCGUACGCGGCUCUCAUCGCCAUUUCUGCAGCCGAGAAACGCCUACGUGCGUCGCACAAACGCGACGCGUCUUCCUCCACGGCGCGGCCCUCCUCUGUGCAUCGCACAUCAAACUACGGGCCCUCACCAAGCCCGCACGCAGUCGAGCUCACUUCACCACCCGCGGCACGUGACAGCCGUCGCGUGGAGGAGAUUGUGGCGAGGUACCGUCCACCGACGCGGCCAGCUGCGCCUCCGGAUGCGGUCGGCCCCUCCUACACCCUUCUACAGCAACUGGCGUUAGAGUCCGAGUCGAACUCGAGUGUCGCCUCCGAUGUAACGGAGCCCGCAGGGGCAGCAACAGCUGCAGCAGAACAGGAAGAAGAGAACGUCACACCGGUGGAGAUGUCAGCAGAGCGAGACUCGUCGACGUCGACACUCCCGCGCUCACGUUCACCACCCGCUUCACCGCCCUUUUCGGAUGUGCGUGGCCCACUACCACCACCGUCGUCGAACACGCGAACAGCUGCUGCGACUGCGAGGAGCGUGGCCGAUAUUGUGAAUGAACUGGAAGACGACGAGGACGACGAUGCCGCCGUCUCGUUGCGUGACGCGUCACCGCUGCGUGAACAAAGCGUGGCAGGCACGGCGGGGAUCUCGUACCGUGUCUCCACCGCUGAGGCCGUCCACACCGUCGCCCAGCAGCUUAACUUCGCCUUGUAUCAAUAG